CGCCCCGCCCUACAUCCACAGAGCACACAAUCCGAGAAGGAAUCGACUGUAUAUGAUCGAGUGAGCCUACGACUGUCAAUUACUUAUCAAACAACUUUCAUAUAAGCUUGUCGCGUUUUUUAGAGUUGUAGUGAGUGUAGGAUAAGGGAUAAGGCAGAAAUGGGUGCGCAUUUAUCAGAACCGGUCACUGAGAAAGACACACACAGACUACAGAACGACCUGCUCUCUGUAGCUUCAUCGGCCAUGCAGGGAUGGAGGAUAACCAUGGAAGACGCACACAGCAACGUGCUCAAGUAUGGUGGCGACGAGUCUGCCGCUUUCUUGGCCGUGUUUGACGGACAUGGAGGUUCUAAGGUAGCGAAGUUCGCCUCUGAGCAUCUACAUCAGCAGCUGCUGGACACACCGGCAUACAAGAAAGGGGAUAUCAAGCAGGCAAUCAAAGAUGCACUACUGGAAGUAGACGAGGAGCUAUUGAAAGAUGGAGCAGCAUUUGAAAACUGUGGCACAACAGCUGUUCUAAUUGUCUUGAAAGAAAACCGAUUAUAUUGUGGUAAUGUUGGAGAUUCAAGGGCAAUCGCCAGUAGACGUGGAGAAGUAGUGGAACUGUCACAUGAUCACAAGCCAUCUAAUCCUCAUGAGACUGAGAGAAUACUUGCUGCUGGAGGAUUUGUAGAAUUCAACCGAGUAAAUGGCAAUUUGGCAUUAUCACGAGCAUUGGGUGAUUUUGCAUUCAAGCGAGUACUUGAUACACCACCAGACGGUCAAAUUGUGUCUGCUGUGGCAGACAUCAUUGACAUAGAUAUCACACCAGACCUUGAGUUUGCUGUCAUUGCUUGUGAUGGAAUAUGGGAUGUUCUGAAGAAUGACGAGGUCGUUGACUUUGUUCGAAGUCGGAUAGCUCAGAAAAUGGACCCGGGCACAAUCUGUGAGAAACUUCUAGAACGUUGUCUUGCUCCCGACUGUCAUCUUGGUUCAAUUGGCUGUGACAACAUGACUGCACUCAUUGCUUGUUUUCUUCACAACGGAUCUUAUGAUGACUUAGCAAAAAAGUGCCAAAUAAUGAUAGAAAGGCCUCCUGAACCAAAAGAGAAACCUGAAGUAUCUGAGAAUAAAGUGAUUGAUGGAGAUGUUUCUCCCAACCAAACGGACAUCAAUCAUACUGAGCUUACACCUAGUGAGUCAGACGCAGAUAAAACCAUGACAUCGGACGAGGAGCAACAAGACAAGGCAAUCAAUACAGACAGUUCACGUGGUGAGACAGAACAGUCAGGUGAAGGAACUAGUAGUGAUUCAGGGGUGUACUAGUGGUUGCUUGCUAAGGUCUCACUGUAGUCGGCUAGAAGCUGGAGCUAGCUGAUUUGCUUUAUUACAAAUAUGUUCCUACACGG